GCCUUGACAACGUUGGCUGAUGUCUAUGCUUUAUUGAAAUGACUCGUAUAUGUGUCUCGUUAUCGGUGAACUCUGCUUAUUUGAGCCAAAAAAAUUUCCUCACAUUUCCUCUCUCAUUCUCUUUUAAACUAUCCAAAUUUCCUCUCUCUCAUUUUCUUCAAUCUCUAUCAACUUAUAAAAUCCAAACUUUCUUAUUUAUAUAAUAAUUAUUUUUGGAGCAGCCGUCGGAAUGGAGGCGCUCCGGCGGCCGCUGGCCAGAUCGUCGCUGGUGGCGCUCUUCUUCGUCGUCCUCACCGUCGGCGCGUUCGUUUGCACGCGCUUCCUCGACUCCUCUGCCGCCGCCUUAAUGGAUACAAAUUCCCCUCAAAGCCCAGUGCUUCAACCCGAAGCAGUGGGUUCGACUCGGAAUCUCCAGAAUGCUCCGAAGGCCAUACACAUCCCAUUAAACUGUUCGUUGGGCGAACUUUCUCUGACCUGCCCUGCCAAUUACUAUCCGUCUCAUGUUUCAGCCGAAGCGAAACUCCAUUCGUCUUCGCCACCACCAUCUUGCCCGGAUUACUUCCGUUGGAUUCACGACGACCUUUGGCCGUGGAGGGAGACCGGUAUUACUAGAGAGAUGGUGAUGAGCGCCAGACGGACAGCAAAUUUCCGACUGGUGGUGGUUGACGGGAAAGCUUACGUGGAAAGAUAUAGUAAAUCGUUUCAGAGCAGAGAUACCUUCACACUAUGGGGGAUCUUGCAGUUACUGAGGCGGUAUCCGGGCAAACUCCCUGACUUUGACCUCAUGUUUGAUUGCGUUGAUUGGCCAGUCAUAAAGAAGGACGCGUUCGUUGCACCAAAAUACCCCGCGCCUCCUCCUCUGUUCCGAUAUUGUGGGAAUGACUCCACAAUGGAUAUCGUAUUUCCCGACUGGUCUUUCUGGGGCUGGCCGGAGAUCAAUAUAAAGCCGUGGGAGGCGUUGUCUAAGGAGUUGAAAGAGGGGAAUACGCGGACUCAAUGGAGAGACAGGGAGCCGUAUGCUUACUGGAAGGGUAAUCCGGUUGUAGCUGCCACGAGGAUGGACUUACUCAAAUGUAAUGUUUCGGAGACACGCGAUUGGAACGCUCGUGUCUACGCUCAGGAUUGGGGGCUGGAACAGAGGGAGGGUUACAAGCAAUCGGAUUUAGCAAGCCAAUGCAUUCAUAGAUUCAAGAUCUAUAUUGAAGGAUCGGCGUGGUCUGUGAGCGAGAAGUACAUUCUGGCAUGUGAUUCUGUCACGCUCCUCGUGAAGCCUAUUUACUACGACUUCUUCACGAGAAGCCUGAUGCCGCUGAAGCAUUACUGGCCGAUUAAGGACGAAGACAAGUGCAGAUCCAUUAAGCACGCGGUGGAGUGGGGAAACAGCCAUCAAGAAGAGGCGCAGGCCAUAGGCAAGGCCGCGAGCAGUUUCAUCCAAGACGAGCUGAAGAUGGAUUAUGUUUACGACUACAUGUUCCAUUUGUUGAGCGAGUAUGCUAAGCUCUUGAAAUACAAGCCCACCGUGCCUGAGAAAGCGUUUGAGCUUUGCUCGGAGGUGAUGGCAUGUCCUGCAAAGGGAAUUGAGAAGAAAUUCAUGGUGGAUUCAGUCGUAGGUCCUGCCUCGACCGAGCCAUGCACGAUGCCUCCGCCAUACAACCCUGCUUCUCUUCAUUCUGUGAUUGAGAGAAAAGAUGAUGGAAUGAAGCAAGUUGACACUUGGGAAAGAGAAUACUGGAAAAGUCAUAAUAAGCAAAUGUAGGUAU